GUAGUAUAAGCGAGCAAUUAGUGCUAAUGAGGUCAUUAUCUAAUGACCGCUGCAACUUUCUCUUAAUGACCGCUACACUUUCUGUCAGAUUAAUUAUUGUUAUUAAUUAAUGAAUUAAUUAAAAGUUGUAAUAAAUUAAACAAAAUUUAUUAAAAUAAGCAUUUAUUCAAAAUUAUAGUAUAUACAUAUGAAAUUAUGCAUCUUCCACGCCGCUUUCGUCGCUUGAUAUCCGAUCGUCAUCAGAUUCUUGGAAUAUGGCGAUUCUUCUCGUUGAGUAAUAGGGUUUUUUUUUUUUGACGCCCCAGAUUAUGCCUCACAGGGCAGUUUACGUUGGCCCUGUGUAGCAUCUCCGUGGAACACCGUGUGCAUCGCAGAAUCAUGCUGUUAUGCACAUGAGCGCAUCAUACUUUCCGCUCUCUUCUCGCACACCAUUUACAUCAGAUCUUCUGGUCCUCUAGAACUUGAUUUCUUAUCCUCCUCCUCCUUAUUCGCAGCCGUUGCUCCCUAUUUGCGUAUAACACAAUCCAUUGUUCCUCUUAAAUGUAAAAUAAUUAUUAUUAUUAUUAUGAGAAACAUGUUAUAAAAUUUGUAACUUACCAGCCAUUUACGAUUGUUGUUAGUCGAGAGUCGCAACUGAAAUGAGUAAAGGGUGGUUGUGGAACGAAAAGGUAAUUAAAUACCUAUUUAAGCCUUUUGGUCUUGAAGCGCAACUAUGUCGUCACUCAUCACCGGUUUGACUCCAAAUUUACGUUAUCAAAUGCGCGUUUCAUAAUUCAGCAUUUUUAAUUGUAUCAAUCUAUAUGUAACAACUUUGUUUUCAUAUUAUUAAGUAAAUCAUAGAACAAGGAAUCAUUAUAACAUGUACAUUGAGAAAAUUUGUUCUCUGUAAUACAACUCUUUUGUGUGUGUGUUUCAAGAUAUUUAAAUUCUGAUUUUACUUACAUUGAAAUAAAAAUCAAAAAAUUACUGUCUGCGUUAUAAAAGAUGAUGAUAAGACAAAAAUUAAUUUUCUCAAGACUUUUGGCGCUAGAAAUGUGUUGUUAUGUACUUUCUAAAUGCAAUGGUAUGUAAGUAAUUUCCUAAUGUAAUGUAAUAAAAGACCGAUUUACCUGCCGCUUUACUGAUUUCAAUCAGUCAAAGAAAAUAUUAUUAAUUUAAUAUUUAAUUGUAUAAAAUCAAACAAUGUUAUUUGGUUUGUAACGGAAAAUAAGAAAUAUUUGAUGACAUAAUGUAUAGAAUUGAAAUACAACUUUAUUUGAGAAUUUCCAUUCAUUAAUGACGGCUGCCACUUGAACCGCUGUAACUUUCAAAUUUGUUAAUGUAUAAUAAAAGACCGAUUUACCGGACGCUUUGCUGUCUCGUCUAAAUGUCUGAGGAGAUUUCAAAUCAGUGUAAAACUUUAUUAAUUCAACUUUUGAUUGCCGUGAUACAAAUUUCAAAUUUUUGAAAAAAAAAUUGAUUCGUGUAUAGAGAAGACGUAUUUGAAUAUAAUUGGUACUGUUGAUUAAAACAAUUAAAUAAAAAUUAUACUUAAAUACUAUAAGAAAAAUUACCUGCCAGAAUUUCAUCGUCAUUUAAUUUUAGACCUGAAUAAGAAUGAUAUAAUUUUUCUUUUAAAGUAAUGUUUUUAAAUAAAUAAAUAAAUAAAUAAAUAAAUAAAUAAAAUAAUUUAAACUUAAAAUUGGUGAAAUUUUCGUUAUUACGUAUCCAAGUCGAACAAAUUUGGGCCCAACUACUAAUUACAUUGUCAGAGGUUUAAGGGCUAAUUUACUUUGACUUUGCAUUUGAAGAGAGUGGGGUAAGUCAUUGUAUAAAAUCUCUUCAAAUGUUGUAAAAGGCCUCUUUUCGUCGUGGUUUUUGGCACUUCUAAAGUCUUGUGCAACCUGUGUGUGUGUGUGACCUGUUUUGCAGUUCAGCAAAAUGCAUCAGUUUACAUCUUUUCUAAACGAACAAAGUGUAAAAAAUGUGUUAUACUUAUACCAUGCUGGGUUUUUUAAAACACCAGAAAUGUUACGCGACGCUUUUAAUUAUAUCAAUAUCAAGAUUGUCUUUAAUAAUUAUUCAUUAGAAGCUUGGGAGCAAGUUUCUUAUGACCAAAUGUCGAAUCAAGUUAAUAAUAUGGGACAAAUGUGCAAUAAUUUUUCCGAUGAAAUCGCUCAUGGAAUAAGGAACUUAACUGAUGAUAAUGUGAAUAACAAGUGCGAUGACGAGUCCUGGUACAUGGAAAAUUUUAACUUUCCUAACGAUGUGCAAUCGACUAUGUCCAAAACCACGAUGAAAAGAGCCCUAAAUCAACCAUCAACCUCUCGUUUUGAUGAAUUUACCAACCUGCAACCCUCAACAUCUAAGGCAACAGAAUCAGUGAAUGCUUUAAAAAGACGCCUCCCUAACUUCGAAGAUGGUCCUUUAGAUACACUUGUAAAUCAAAUCGGUGCUGGUCAAAUUGACGAUAAUGAAGUCUUUGAAAAUUUUGCUGAUGAAUUUAACUUUAUUAAUAAAAAUGGAGAAAAUGAAUCAUUCAUAAAAAAGUUUAAUACAUUAGCGAGACGUAUGAGGUUUUCCUUUAAAGAUAAUGCGCCGGAGAAUCCAAUUGAAUGGAUGCAAAAUGCAAUUGAAGAACUGUUGGCGCACAUUUUUAGAGGAUUUUCAAGUGAUGACUAUGUCGGCUUAGUUCUCGAAAAUGAAGAAUUCCCCGAGCGACCUGUUUACAUUUCCUUCCGCAAAUUAUCCCAAUAUAAUGUCGCAAUGGUGAUGGAAACUGUAGGAAAUGUUCUUCAGAGCAAUCGUGCGUUCUUUGUUAAUGAUCGUUUAUCGAUACGGGUGGACAGGGUGGCUUUACCUGUGGGAAAAGGAUUUCGUACCGCCACCGAUGGAUUAGCCGUAAGUUAUAAUGAACAUUGUCUUAGUAAAAAUAGCAUAUAUGUUAUUGAAAAUGAUAACAAUAAUUGUUUAGCAUUAGCAUUAUUAGUCGCAAGAGAGUAUUGCAAUAAUAAUUUUAAAAGAUCCACUUUAGAAAAAUUUAAAGGAAUAAACGGGAAAAAACUUUUAGAACAAUUAGGUGCUGAAUUAUGUAGAGAGGCUGAUGUCGAUUUAGCAAAUGGAGGUAAUUACACACAUGUUGAGAAAUUUCAGAAAUAUUUGGCAAAUUAUACAAUUAUUGUAUACGAUGAUAGAAUGGGUCGAUCAGUGUACUAUGUCGGUCCACGGGCUCAAGGAAGGCCAAGUUUAAAUUUGAUAUUUGAGGAGAAUCAUUUCAAUGUAAUUCUAAGUACAACCGGUGCAUUCGCGACAGCGUAUUUCUGUGAUCUUUGCCGAGUACGAUAUUCACGUCGUGAUCGUCACAAAUCUUGCCCCUACACGUGUCCCUGUUGUUUAGAAAAGCCACCUUGUAAUUUAGUUCAUAGCGAUAUAAAAUGUCAAAAUUGUCAAAGAAAUUUUCGGGGUGCCCAAUGUUUUGAAAAUCAUAUUACAAAAAAUAUAUGCGCGAAAAUAAAAAAAUGCCCAACAUGUUUAACUUUCGUAAAACUUGAUUCUAAAAGUUCAAAACAUAUUUGCGGUAUGAAGUUUUGCCGAACCUGCGGUGUAAACAGACCAAUAAGGCAUUUUUGUUUCAUGAAACAAAACAAAAUUAAUCAAAACAAGCAAUUAGACAAUCAACACAAAUACUUAUUUGUUUAUUACGAUUUUGAAACAAGACAAGAAAAAACUAUCAAUAAUGCGUACCUACACGAAGUAAAUUUGUGUGUGGCACAACAAGUUUGUGCACAUUGUAUUAAUGAAGAUGACAUUUCAGUAAACUGUAAUUUUUGUGGAGUAAGACAUCUUUUAAUAAAUAAAUAA